AUGCAGGCAGACAGACUGAGAGAAAAGGGACUGCCUGACCGCCCCGCUGCCCGACCGCCCCACUGCCCAACCACCGGACUGCCCGACCGCCCCACUGCCCGACUGUCCCACUGCCCGACUGUCCCACUGCCCCACUGCCCGACUGCCCCACUGCCUGACCGCCCCGCUGCCCGACCACCCCGCUGCCCGACCACCCCUCUGCCCAACCACCAGACUGCCCGUCCGCCCCACUGCCCAACCACCGGACUGCCCGACUGCCCCACUGCCCGACUGUCCCACUGCCCGACUGCCCGACCACCCCACUGCCCGACCGCCCCACUGCCCAACCACCGGACUGCCCGACCACCCGACUGCCCGACCACCCCACUGCCCCACUGCCUGACCGCCCACUGCCCGACCACCCCACUGCCCAACCACCAGACUACUGCCCCACUGCCCCACUACCUGACCGCCCCACUGCCCGACUACCCGACUGCCCCACUGCCAAACCGCCCCACUGCCCGACUGUCCCACUGCCCGACCGCCCCACUGCCCGACCGCCCCACUGCCCGACUGCCCCACUGCCCGACCGCCCCACUGCCCAACUGCCCGAUCACCCCACUGCCCGACCGCCCCACUUCCACUGCCCGACCACCCCGCUGCCCGACCGCCCCACUGCCCGACUGCCAGACCACCCCACUGCCCGACUGCCAGACCGCCCCACUGCCCAACCACCCCACUUUCAGACUGCCCCACUGCCCGACUGCCAGACCACCCCACUGCCUGACCGCCCCCCUGCCUGACUGUCCCACUGCCAGACUGUCCGACUGCCGGACCACCCCACUGCCCGAUCACCCCACUACCAGACUGCCCGACCGCCUCACUGCCAGACCACCCCACUGCCCGACUGCCGGACCGUCCCACUGCCCGACCACCCCACUGCCCAACAGCCCGACUGCCUGA